AUGUUACAGCCGAAGUUUCUAAAGGAGUGUCGAUAUGCAUUGGAAUCGUUUUAUGGCCACCUUCCAAAUAUCGACACGAAGGAUUAUGGUCGAAUUAUCACUACGGAACACACAGAACGCUUGAGAGAGAUGAUACUUAAGACAGAGGGAAGACUGGUUUUUGGCGGACUUGUAAAUGUUUCUGGCAAGUUCGUUCAACCAACAGUGUACUGCGACGUCCCUGAAUACGAUGUUCUGAUGCUACACGAAAUUUUUGGGCCGAUUCUACCAGUUAUUACGAUCAACUCUUCAGAAGAGGCCCUUGAAUACGUCAGUAAUCAGCGAAAACCACAAGCUCUAUACGUCUUCAGCUCCAAGAAGAGCAUUUUCAAAAAGUGGAAGAAGCAUAGCGAAUCAAAUGUCAUUAUGCACAACGAUGUUGCCAUGCUGAAGGGCACCAGAAAAACCUUUGGUGGAGUUGAGGCAUCAGGAUUCGUGCGAUAUCGAGGAAAGUCCUCUAUUGAACUGUUCUCCCGUUACCGUGGGGUGAUAGAAAGGUACAAAAAGGACGAUGGUGAUUGCAAGUAA